AGCGUGCCAAAGAGGCCUGGUUUUGAGGUGAGGCCUGUCCAAAGCAUUGCAGGGCAGAUGGCUGUUCCCCUUGGUGCGCUCUCCCGUCAAUCAGCGAAAACUGCUGAUCGUUUCCAAAGCGCUGGCAGCGACCCGAAACGACUCCUCAACGAGGGGGCCUGCUUGGUCUCAUUGGCCACCCCCAUGACGUUCAUGUGCAUUCGCAAGGACACUUGCCAGAAUGCUGCAGCCAUCAAGCGCUCGAUCUCGGAUGUUGACACAGACGCCACGUCCGAAGAUCAUGCGCCCAGUUUCUCCUGCCAGUCCGGUUCUAUUAGCUUCGACCCUCCUUUGCCACCGGAGCACAGCAUCCUAUCGAACUCGCUCGAGCGAGGUCAAUUAGCACGCGACUUCUGCGACCUCCAACAGGUUGGCAAAGGUGGCUUUGGAAAGGUCGUGCGGGCGUGGCACCGUUCGGAGAAGAAGUGGGUGGCAUUGAAGCUGAUCCCUUUACAGCUGAAGGCCUCAGAGACAGUGGACGACAAUCACACUCACUGGAGUGGGCCUGAAGUGUUCAAGCGCUUACAACAGAUGCGAAGCUCGAAGGUUGUUCGCUACGCGCGGAGGUGGGCUGAGCUCCCACAAGACAUGCCAAGUUCCUGGUGCCAUCUCGUGCAGUCCCCGGGCAGCGCUCGCACUCUUGAGCGCCGACCGUCGCAAGAUCCGGAGACGCCAGUCUCCACCUUGAACUUGUCGCGUGGCUUAGACAGCUCCUGUGGUUUCGAGUGGGUGGUCACGGAGGAGGAGUGCCCACCGACUCAGGAGGACUCAGCCUCGAAGCCGCGCAAAGAGCGAUGUUCAGAGAGGCACUACGAAGUGGUGCUUAUCAUUGAGAUGGAAUAUUGCGAUGGAGUCACUUUGGCGGAUUGGCUGGCCUGCCCGAAGUUGCGACCGAAGCUUGUGAAGGGAGGAAUGGCCGCUGCGCACCAGUUGUUUCAUCAAAUGAUGCAAGGCAUUUUCGAUCUCCAUGAAGCUGGAAUCGUGCAUUGGGACAUUAAACCGGCCAACAUUCUCAUUUCCAAGGAAUCCGGGCAGAUCAAGAUAUUCGACUUUGGCUUGGCCAAACUUCGCUCCGUCGAGCACCAGAAGUCAGCAGCACAUCCGUCAGAUCCAAACAAAUCAAGUUCACUCACAGCAAUCGGCACCCCAGGAUACGCACCCCCAGAGCAUUGCGUCCAGCUGCCUCCGAGCAAAAAGCAGGCUGGACAAUUCAUUCUACCCCCAUCAUGCCCCAAGUCUGACAUCUUCUCAGCCGGCAUCGUCCUGGUUGAGCUGCUCAUGGCGGGAGUGGCAGGUGAGAGGCAGCCCUGGAACACGUCCAUGGAGCGCGUCUCGGUCUUGGGCGCCCUGCGGGAUGGGCGCGACGCCUCACUCCCCUUGGCGCUGUUGCAGAACCGGGGCGUGGGCGCCUGGAUGCGGCAGCUGGUCUUUCGCAUGGUGAAUUGGGACGCCGACGCCAGGCCAUCAGCACAGGAGGUGCUGGAUGAGCUGGAUGCCGCCACAUGGGCCAGUUCUCGUCACAAUCCCUACCUGGGGACACAGAAUUCACGGUCUCCCCAGUUUGCAGCGAUGCUCACCCACCUGUCGGCGGCACACAAUCCAUAUAUCGGAUUCUUCUUGGACCAUCGCCCCGUGUAGCCUCUUGUGCUUGCCUGAGGGCGUUGUGCCAUGGGGUGUCGCACGCGCGGUGCAGUCUCACUACGCGCGCCACGCGCGUCCACAGCAGCUGGGAUCGAUCUUCCCCCAGCUGAUCCCAAAUGGCAUUGUGUGCUCCUAAGAUGUCAGCUGAAAGGCUUUGAGAAAGUUGUCCCUUGAUCGGCAAGAGCUCGCAACGGGACCUCACCGCUGAUCGAGAUUUGAGAUUCGUCUGAUCGCGCUGCACCAUGCUUUAGAGAUAAAGCUGAGGAAUUUAAAUGUCCUCAGCAAUUUCGAUGGCGUCCUGAUGGUUCAACAAG